ACCAGCGAGGUGCGACAACCGCUUUCAGCGAGAUUAAAUCCGAGGACUGGGAGCACAACAGCGCAUGGUGUCCCGACAUGCACCCUCACAUCCGCCCCUCCCUCCUCGUAACGCUGCUGCUGCUUCAAGUCCAGCAGGGCACCUCAGUGCAGGAGAUCCAAACCAGCCAUGAGAACAUCAUAAAGAUCAACUCAGCUGGAGAAAUGAUGCAGUGCUCAGCAGCCAUGGAUGUCCUCUUCCUCAUGGAUGGUUCUUACAGCGUGGGGAAGGGCAGCUUCGAGAGGUCCAAACACUACGCCAUCAAACUCUGCCAAGCGCUGGACAUCGGACCAGAUAAGGUGCGAGUCGGCUUGAUUCAGUUUGGUUCCACGCCGCGGCUGGAGUUCGCCCUGGACUCGCACACCAACAAACAAGAGCUAAAGAAGCACAUGAAGAAGGUUUCUUACAGGGGAGGCAGCACCCAGACAGGCCUGGCUCUGAAGUACGUGCUGAGGAAAGGUUUCCCAGGGGGCCGGAACUCCACCGCUGCGGCCCGGAUCGCCAUCCUCCUAUCAGAUGGGAGGUCUCAGGGCAACGCGGCACAGGCGGCUGCGCAGCUCAAAGACACAGGGGUGGUCCUGUUUGCCGUGGGCCUUCGCUACCCCAGGUGGGAGGAGCUGCACGCUUUGGCCAGUGAGCCGAUGGAGAGCCACGUCUUCUUCGCCGAGCAUUUCCACGAUGCUGUCAACGGGCUGCACACCACGCUGACCACCUUCUCUGUCUGCAACGCCACACCUGCAGGCUGUCAGAUGGAGUCGUUUCCCUGUGAGAGGAAGACAUUGGAGACAGUCAAAGAGCUGCAGGGGAAUUUCAUGUGCUGGAAAGGAGCCAAGGGGUAUUCCCCGUACACGUCUCUCUGUCCGUACUACAGGUACAACAAGAUGUACAGGAGACACCAGACAGUCUGCCAUCGGACUAUCUGUCCAGAUCUCUGUGACUCUCAGCCCUGUCUGAAUGGUGGAACAUGUGUAUCAGAGGGUCCGGAGGGUUACCGCUGUGUAUGUCCGCCUGGCUACGGAGGAGACCCACACUGUGCUCCUGCGCUAUCACUGGACUGCUCCGUGGACUUGCUGUUCCUGGUGGAGGGCUCUGCCACGCUCACCCUGGAAGGCUUCCUGCGCCUCAAGUCCUUCUUAAAGCGCUUCCUGCAGACUGUGAUCGGGUCUGACAGCCCCAGUAAAGUCGGCCUGGCGGUGUUCGGCGGAGAGACCAGAGUCGAGGCCCAGGUGGGCAAGUUCAAAGGCGACCUGAGGGGUCUGCUUAAGGCGGUGGAGGCACUUCAGUUGAUUGGCGGCGAGACCCGGACCGGCCAGGCACUUCGCUACGUCACCCGCCACGGCUUCGUGAGCGCGCCGGUCUUUGCUGACGUCACGGACGACCUGCCCCGCGUGGUGGUGCUGCUCACUGCCACUCCUGCUGUUGACGAGGUGGUGGAGCCCUCUAAAUACGCACGAGACAGGGAGAUCUUCCUGAUAGGGCUCGGACCGGACUACUUAAAGGGACAGCUGAACAACAUCACAGGAAAUCCACAGAGGACUAUCACCUACACGUCACCUGAGUUCAGUGCGAAGAUCCCUGAGCUGAAGGCUAAGAUCUGCAGCGUGGAUACACAAGGAUGUCUCGGCCAGGCGGUGGACCUGGUGUUUGCCCUGGAUGCCUCAGGCGGCGUCGGACGUGAUAAUUUCGCCACUCUACGUGACUUCGUGCGCACCCUCACCGUCCAGUUCGACAUUAACCGUGACGUGGCUCAAGUGGCGCUUGUGGCCUACGGGCGGAGAGCCAACACCGUCUUCAACCUGGACACCCAUGAGACCGGCUCAGCCAUCCUCAAGGCUGUAGGUGAGGCCAGCUACAUGGGCGGAGUGGCCUCGACGGGCACGGCUUUACUCCACAUCCACUCCAGCGUCCUGACGGUGGCCAAAGGCGCACGGCCCGGCGUCAACAAGGCUGUGGUGGUGGUGACGGAUGGUUCGGGCGGCGAUGACGCCGCUGUUCCAGCUCAGAAGAUAAGAGACAACGGAGUGUCGCUGUUUGUGAUCGGCAUCGGAGAUAUACAGAAGGAGAGGCUGCUGCAGAUUGCUGGUUCAGAGGAGCACAUGAUCUCGGUGCAGUCUUACGAGGAUCUCAAGUACUUUGAGGAUGUUCUGGUGCAGAUGCUGUGUUCAGAGGCUAAAAUGCCGGUAAACCUGUGCAAGCCCAACCCAUGUAUGAAUGAUGGGGUCUGCAUCCUGUCCGGAGGGAGCUUCCGUUGUCAGUGCCGAGGCUAUGAAGGACCACACUGUGAAACAAGAAGCAGCAGGCCUUCCUCCAGGGGAGACCUUCCAAGGCCGGCUGGUCUCAGGAAGAAGAGCAGGCAGAAGAAGAGCCACCAGGAGCUCCUGCAUCACUACAAACUACACCGCAGGAGACAUGCUGCCUGAUAACACCAUGCAACCAGUCACUUAUGAACAAAGGAUGUAUGCGGGUACAGUGGAGUAAAGGGAAAACUAAUGUUGCUGUAUCAAUAUUUAAGCUUGUGUCCAUUUGUUUGUUUUUCAGCUGUCACUGUGCUCAUUGUUGUACAGUUCGCUCAACAUGGUUCCUGUCUAUUCAAACAUGUAAACAUUUCUAUUAUACUAUUAUAUUAUAUUGUAUAUCUCUGUCAUGAUUUUAUUAUUAUUGUUGCUCUUUCCAACCAAAACAUCAAGUGUGUGCCAAAAAUGCUUUAUUUUCAUGUUUCAAUCUAUUUUAAGCAUUUUUUUUUACAAUAGAAUCGUCCUUCUUAGAUUAAAUAGAUGAUUGUUUUCACUUAUGUGCAAAAUUAUCUUAUGAAAAUAUGUACAUAUGUGUUACAAUUAUACUGUAAGUUAUAUUGGUGCUAUAUAACACUUAGAAAACAAGGCUGUUUUUGCGCUUUAACUUAUAUCACUUUUUGGGAAAAGAGAAAACACAUAUAAUAGGACACAUUCCAUCAUAUAUGGGUGAGUAAAAAGAAUCUAUAUUUAAAGAGUAGAAUUAUGCCACAGGCUCUGUAAUAUUUGAAAUGGCUGGUCAUUUAAAUUACUCAUCAAAAGUAACAUUUAAACACUUAAAACCUAUAAAAACAUUUGCCAGACGAACAGCCUAUAAUCAAAUGGCUCCCCUUCAUGAAUGCUUUAUUAUUUCAUUAGUGAGAAGUGACUGAGUUGACUCUAAUUACCAGUGUCCUGUGCAUUGUUACUACACUGAACCUUUUUGCAAUAGACCAGCUGGACUGAUGUAACCUACAGAGGCGAAACAUUUUCAUAAACAAAU